AUAUAUAGACUGAGGCACAGGGAGUGCAAGGCACACCCCAGGGCUGUGGAGACUGAGCUGUCCUGACGAGAUGAGGCUGCUGCUGCUGCUGCUCCUGCUGUGUCUGGGGCUGACCCUCGUCUCUGCCCGGAAGUCAAAAAACCCGGUUGUGACGAGCAACUUUGAUCUUUCAAGGAUUACAGGGAACUGGUAUUCCAUUCUCUUGGCUUCCGACCAGAAGGAUAAGAUUGUUGAAAAUGGUAGCAUGAGGGUUUUUGUGAAAACCAUGGACGUGUGGCAAAAUGGUACUCUGUACCUUGUCUAUCAUGCAAAGGAAAAUGGAGUGUGUGUUGAAAUUCCUAUGGUUUGUGACAAGACAGAAAACAACGGUGAAUUCUCCCUUGACUAUGAUGGAUACAAUCUAUUUCAUAUAGUUGAAACAGACUAUAUAAACUACCUCAUGUUUCAUCUCUUUAAUAGCAACAAUGGCAAAACAUUCCAAACGAUGGAGCUCUAUGGUCGAAAACCAAAUGCAAGUUCUAAACUCAAGGCAAGAUUUGUAGAAAUAUGUGGGAAAAAUGGAAUUGGUGCAGAAAAUGUACUCGACCUAACUCUAACUGAUCGCUGUCUCCAGGCCCGGGAGAGCAGCUCAGCCCUUACCUCCAGUGCCUAGUGGGCGCUUCUCUGCCAUGUUCUGCACCGCCUGCGAGAUCAGCCAUCUGCCAUCUCGUCUCCCUCAUAACUGCAUGUGAAGAUACUCAUCUGCAUCUCCAGGAUCUUUCCUCAUUGUCUAGCAAGCAUCAUCAGCUCACCGAGAAUCAGAGGUUUUCUCCAAAUUUUUAUUUUCUGGGCCAUAUGCAGGAGAAGACUGCCACCAUUGAGAUCUCCCUCUCUACCACCAAUAAAUGAUUAGCCCCGCAA